UGCACAUGCACUUGAUGAGACGACCAGAUGGCGCUUGCAGAGACACCUCCAAAAGCUCGCAAAUGCCGCAAACACAUCAAUUGCUGAAGGCUCACUCCAGAAGGAACAGAUUCAAUUUCUUUAUAAAGUGAACAACGAAGCCAAGGUGCGCCGAUCGACGAAGCCUGUUAUAUUAAGUAAUGCGAAGGUUAUUAGCCAUAAGGACCUUGAGGAAGCACGAACAAAGCGGGCCGAGAAAGAUGCUAAGAAAAGGGCUAAGAAAGCUGAGAGAGAUGCUAAGAAAAUCGAGAGGGAUGCCAAAGAAGCUGAGAAAGAGGCUAAGAAAGAGGCUAAGAAAGCCGAGAGGGAGGCUAAGAAAGCUGAAAGAGAAGCUCAAAAGGCCGCAAAAGAGGCAGAGAAAGCCGCUACGGGCAAGAGUACACGUGGCCGAAAGCGUAAACUUCCUGCAACCUCGGCACCAGAGCCAGAGCCAGAGGCUAAGAGGAGCCGCAAGACCAAAGAGCGUGAAUUACCAUGGGAUCUCACGAUAUGGGUGGAUGAAGGGCAGGUUGCACCUGUAGCGAAGAUGAUAUAAUUUUGGCGCUGACGGAACUGCCGCUGGCGGCAUAGGGGCAUUGGGACAUUGACGCGUAGACGUAUUAAUUAAGUUGGAUACUGGGGAUCGUAAUAUUAAUUAGACACUUAUAUGGUCAUAU